GCUUUAGCCCUGACCCUAAAGGCCUAAACAACUGCAGCCAGCCGCCGAUUUGUGGACGGAGUUCGGAUUCUCGGCGUCAUUCGCUCCGAUUCGAAUCGAUGACCCUAGCAUUUGGUUUCUCUCGCUUUCUCAACCCGCGCGUAAAUCCUUCCACGAAUCCCAUCCUUGGUCUCUGGCUCUUCUCCUGCUCCUGCUCCUGCUCAUCCUCCGCCUCGUCCGCUCCGGAGCCGCCGGAGCUUGCCGGGGGCCCGGGGACUAUCAGGGAAGGGCGGGCGGAGAUCUUCGCGGAUAAGUCUAAUUCGGUCUUCUACAACAAGGCCCAGGUUAACAACAGAGAUCUUUCCAUUGCUGUAUUGAGAUCGUUUCUUUUGAAAAGACAGGAAGAACAUGAUAUCCGAUUAGUAAAAGGCAGGCAUGCUGAAACACCGCCAGAACAGCAUGCCAAUGACUUAGAUCCUGUGGUAACAGGAUCUGAAGACACUGCACCGAGAGAGGAAUCAAAGAUUAAAGCACCUAAAGUUCUUGAGGCUUUGGCUGCAUCAGGAUUAAGAGCGAUCCGAUACGCUCUUGAGGUAGAUGGAAUUGGGGAAGUCGUAGCUGUUGACAAUAAUGAAGAAGCUAUAGAAGCCUGCAAGAAAAAUAUCUACCACAAUGCCAUUCCUGCAUCUUCCAAGGUGGUGCCAAAUCUUGCCGAUGCUCGUGUUUACAUGCUCACUCACCCAAAAGAAUUUGAUGUGGGAGAAUUCAGAACUCAAAUGUCCCAGCAUCCAGUAAUGUUGCUCAAGGUUGAUCUUGAUCCUUAUGGGUCCCCAGCUGCAUUCCUUGAUUCGGCAGUUCAAUGUGUUGCAGACGGUGGCAUCUUGAUGUGCUCAGCUACAGACAUGGCAGUGCUUGCUGGGGGCAAUCCAGAAGUUUGUUUUUCCAAAUAUGGUUCCUAUCCAGUAAGAGGUAAGUACUGCCAUGAGAUGGCCUUGAGGAUUCUUCUUGCCUGCAUUGAGUCGCAUGCAAUCCGCCACAAGCGCUAUAUAGUUCCUGUCAUAUCAGUGCACAUGGAUUUCUACAUUAGGGUUUUUGUGCGAAUCUUCACAUCAGCUAGCACAGUUAAAACCUCACCUCUCAAAAUUUCACAUGUCUAUCAAUGCGUUGGGUGCAAUUCAUUUCACUUGCAAAAUGUCGGAAGAAUAAACUCAAAGGAUAAAAGGAAUGUUGCUCUACCAAAUUUUUGCCCUACUGUGCCUCAAGAGUGUUGUGAGUGUGGCCAUAAAUUUGUUAUGGGGGGCCCUAUAUGGAGUGAUCCAAUACAUGACAAGGAAUGGGCUACUUCCAUCUUGUCAAAUGUCCAAGCUAUGAGUGGUGCUUAUCCAGCUUAUGCAAAAAUUUCAGCUGUACUAACAUCAGUAUCACAGGAAUUGGUCAAUGCGCCUUUAUUUGUCAGUCUUCACAGUUUAUGUGCAACAUUGAAGUGCACCAAUCCAACCAUGGCUAUGUUUCAUUCUGCUCUCAGAAAUGCUGGGUAUCAAAUAUCAGGCAGCCAUGUGGAUCCACUAGCUCUUAAAACGGAUGCCCCGAUGUCUGUAAUUUGGGACAUCAUGCGAUGUUGGGUCAAGCUUCACCCGGUAAAAUCUCGACCUGGAGCUGAUCCAAGUAACAGGAUACUUUCCCAAGAGCCUAAAUUACAGGCAUCAUUUUCUCAAGCAACUGGGGGUUUAGUUGCACGAAAGAGCCCAAGAUUUGUACCUAAUCCUGAGAAAUAUUGGGGUCCUAAGGCGAAGGCUGGCAGACCACUAAAGACACCGCACAUGGACAAUUGUGAAUUUAGAUUUACUGCUAACACACUGGAGGCUGGAGAUCGGACAUCUAUUUCGAAAUGAACAUAGCCAUAUCGACCCUGUCGUGUAGGUACGAACGCCAUCCUCCUCAGAUGACGAUGGCUGGAGGCGGUACGGCGAGCCAGGGCUGUGGCCGGCGUGGCACGCUGAGUCGGGCGGGAGGGUGAGCACCGUAACGGAGCAGGCAUCCUCCAGGUUUGGUGUGGCGUGGAGCCGGGACGGGAGCUCUAUGGUGAAGUUGCCAGACUCGUCAGUUGUUGCAAAUGCAGAGUUAGCAGCCAUCGUGCUGGUGUUUGGACCUUCACUUUUGCAGGUUACUGCAACCUUGCUACCUGCUUGAGAAAAGAAACAAAAAUCAGGGUACUGUGAAAUUGUUUCUACAUGCAAUUUUUGCUGUUGCACCGGAAGAUUGAUUUGUUCAGCUCUCUUCAGAGCCCAGGUAACAUGUACUCCUCUAGAAUUAAUCUAAGAUCCACCUCAUGCUGAUAAUUAAUUAAAGGUGACACGCAUGAGAAACUUCACAUUUUGAACAAAUUUUUUGAUCUUGUAUUUGGAGUUGUCGUGUGAAAACGUCGUUUCUAUGUUAUCCUGAAAAAUAUUCUUGUACCACUUUCAGUCAUUAACUAUAAAAAUCUUUCA